CAUAAGUAAAUGAUUUUAGGUCUCGGUCUGAGAUGUAAGAACGCCACGGCCAUGCGGAGCUCAGUGCGCGCCGAACUUCCAGAUGGGGAGGUUGUACGUAACUUAUCUCUGUGGUGCAUUGAAACUAUGAGAGAUGGAGAUCCCAGAAGCUUUCAUUCAAAUAUAUUGAAUGGAAGGAAAAGCCCGACGUUCAUUGGCUAACGUCCUAAGCUCCUUGUCUCUGAUUGGUCGACGCUGUGUUACCUGUACUGAAGCAGCCAAUCACAGCACAAGAAUGACCUCGCUUACUCUGGAGGGCGUGGCCACCUUCCUGACCUUGCUGGCGUUGGUGGGCGGAGCUUACGAGGGCACACCGUCUUACUAUUGGUCGAGGUCAAAGGUCGGCACCGCCCACGUGUCGCGCCGUGCCCACAUCGGGCCGCUGCCGCACGUCAAUGACUUCAUGACGGAGUGGUCACCCUGGGGCGCGUGGGCGAGGUGCUCCAGGUCCUGCGGGGGCGGCGUGAGGUCGCGAGUAAGGACGUGUGUGGCAAAAUUCCCCAGGGUAAUGCCAGGCUCCGGGAUUCGAACGAGUCACGAUCACUGCUCUGGCGACAGCAAGCAGUAUGACGUGUGCGGGACGCGGCCUUGCGUCACGGAGGAGGUGGCGGGGCUGUCCUUUCGCGCCGCCCAGUGCAGACGAUACAAUAACAGGCGUGUCUUUGGGCGUCUUGUCAACAACUGGGUGCCGUACGUACAAGAAGGCAUGAACCCGUGCUCGCUGGUGUGUGAGGGCGAGGGGCAGGGCAUCGUGUACACCUUCGGGAAAGUCACGGACGGCACACACUGCAAGAUACGGGACAAGGGGCGUGACGGACUCUGUGUUAACGGCCGCUGCUUGCCCCUCUCCUGCGACGGGCGCCUUGGAGGAACUGCCAGGGAGGAUAUGUGUCGAGUCUGCGCAGGGAGAAAUGACACGUGUAUUCAUCAUGUGGGCGUCUUCCACACCGAUCUUCCCUACCCUGACCUCGCCCAGCCGCCGCCCCCUCCUCUGCCUCCUCCUCUGCCGCCCACGCAAGGGAAUAUGGUUCACCGCCCGCCUCCUCUUCCUCCUCCUCCGUCUCCUCCUCCUCCAGUACCCAGACAGAGAAGAAGGCUUGGUUACUACGAGGUCACCAGACUGCCGCCCGGUGCAACAAACAUACGUGUUCGAGACAAGUCACCAAAUUUCUUAGCCCUGAAAUCUGGUGGCAAAUUUCUGCUGAACGGUGAUUGGCUGAUAGACUGGCCGGGGGAGGUGGAGGCGGGGGGUCGUCCUUCACCUACACGCGAGACGAGGACGACUCUGAAACCCUGACAGCGCUGGGACCGACCACCGAGGCCCUCACACUUAUGGUAUUACUACGUGAACACAACCCAGGAAUAUUUUACGAAUACUGGAUACCCACCACCACCACCACCACCACCAUCACCGCCACCACUACCACCACCACCACCUCCACCACUACUGCUA